AUGAAAGCAAACAGUAAAUCAAGGGAUUUAACACUUUUUUCAACAUCCAGUAAAAUGGAUCCUUUGCAGAUUUUACAUGAAGAACUACGCGAGGAAAUAUUGUCAUUAGUGUCAAAAGAUUGGUACAACAUAAUUGGAAAGUCAAAGUUGUGUAUGGAAAAGCUGUGCAUUAAAAAAUAUGGUGGUUUUGAAACAUACGAAAGUAUUUUGAAUAGCAAUAGACAAUAUCAGAAAUUGACUCUUUUAAGUAACCAAUCGGAAUUGAAGAAGAAUACAAAAUUCCUGCGCGUAUUACGUUAUAUUGUUGAGAAGUUUUCAGAGUCGUUGCAAUUUCUCAGAAUAUCACAGGAUCUGAAAUUGAAAGUGAACCUUACAAAGCUAAAAGAACUGCAAUUUGAUCUAGAACGUCAUUAUUAUGGUUAUUUUGUAAACUUAAUAACAUCAAACGGAAUAAUUACAAAAGCCAAACAUUUGAAGAAACUGAGUAUUAAAUAUGAAAAUUUGGAUGAUAAAUCUUUAAAGUACAUUAAAGAUGCUUUAAAGAAGAACGAAAGCUUGAAAGUAUUAGAGAUAAAAGACAUCAAUAUUAUAAGAGAACUGAAUCAAGAUGACAUGAAAUUUAAGCUCGAUGAAAUUCACUUAAAUCGCUUUCCAAUUAAACAUAAGUCAACAAUUCAGCAAUUUUUAAGCACACAGAUGUCAUCACUUCAAGUCAUUCAAAGUCCGUUUGAUAAGCAGCAUUUCAUAUAUUCCAUAACGAAAUUUCCAAAACUUCAUACUCUUAUUUUAAUACCGAGUUGGUAUGAAUACAAUGAUUAUAAUAGAAAUGAAGAACCUCUGAGUGAUGGAUCCUUUAUAUAUCCUCACAAUGGACAAAUUACAAAAUUAAUCUUCCAUGCUGAUUUGUACUUUGACAAGACUCAAACUUUAUUUUUAUCCACAAUUAUAUCAAAGCUACCGAAUCUUAAAGAAAUUCAAAAAUGCUAUCUGACCCCAAACUUUCUACCUCUUUUAUCCAACUGUCCAUCACUUAAAGUCGUUAAAUAUAAACACUUAAGUUAUGACUUUACACAAACUCAACGAAAUCAAAUAGCACAGCAUGAAAGAAUCAAUUUCAUUCAAACAGAGUUCUAG